AGCAGCAGCAGCAGCAGCAGCAGCAGCAGCAGCAGCUCGUGGAGAACCAUGGCCGGCAUUAAAGCCCUGGUGGGUUUAUCCUUCAGCGGAGCCAUCGGUCUGACGUUUCUUAUGUUGGGCUGCGCCUUGGAGGAUUAUGGCGCUUACUGGCCGCUCUUCGUCCUCAUCUCUACACGCUCUCCCCCCAUCCCCCACUUCAUCGCCACGCGGGCAAGCGACGACUCGGACUCCGGCAGCAACGCCUGUCGGGAGCUGGCCUACUUCUUCACCACCGGGAUCGUCGUUUCCGCCUUCGGGUUUCCCGUCAUCCUCGCCCGGGUCGCUGUGGUAGAUAAGUGGGGAGCCUGUGUCUCGUCCUGGGCGGGCACGUGUGAUUUUCUCACCAUCUUGGGCUUUUUCCUCGUGUUUGGUCGAGGAGACGAUUUUAGCUGGGGAACAGUGGUAGCGACUGACGUUGUCGAGAACCUCGCCGACGCAUUGGAUCGAGUCCUUACCGUAUAUAGUCUUCGUGUGCAAAUGUGUAUAGACGUAUACGUUACAGGUGCUUCCGUAGCGUUUUAGUCUCAUGUUGAAUACAUCUUUUUCUUUCUUUG